UUUUAUUUUGUUCUUUUUUCUUCUAAAAAAACACGUAUAUUCACCACCAUGAAUAUUGAUGAUAUCUUCAAGAUUCCAGCCAUUCCAGCUGGACGCAAUAAAAGAAAGAUGCCUGCUACACCUGAUAUAGAUUUCUUUAAUAAAUAUAAAGCAACUGAAGCAACAACAGAGAUAGCUGAAAGUAGUAAAAGUAAUAUGGAUGAUGAACAUUAUAGUAAAAGACGAUAUAUUGGAGAUGAUGACGAAGAUCUUGCGUAUACUGCAGAAAAAUAUCAGGAUAAUGCUGAAUUUGAAGAUGAAGAAGGCCGAUUUUUUGGUGGUGGUUUAACAGAAGAGCAAAGCAACAUUUUAGAUCUUGUAGAUGAGUAUGAGUUAGAAGAGACUGAAGUUUUAUCAAUAAAUAAUAUUAAAAAAAUGAUUUUGAAGUUUGAAAAAACAAUUAAUAAGAAUCAAGAAAUGAGAGUGCGAUAUGCUGAUCAACCAGAAAAAUUCAUGGAAUCAGAAGCUGAUCUAGAUGAAGAAAUUAAGAAUUUAUUAACCUUAACAGAAGCACCUCACAUGUAUCCAGAAUUAAUUAAACUUGGAACUGUAAAUUCGCUCAUGUCAUUACUUAGUCAUGAAAAUACAGACAUUGCAAUUGAUACCAUCGAUCUAAUUAAUGAAUUAAUAGACGAGGAUGUUGGCACAACUGAAGAAGAUUUAGAAAGAUCAGACCAAGUUCAAAAAUCAAUAAAGGCUUUUGUCGAUGCCAUGCUAGAGGGUGAACUUUUACAACUAUUAGUACAAAAUCUGGGUCGUAUGAAUGAAGAAGAAGAAUCAGAUCGUCAAGGCGUGUUUAAGAUUUUGAGUAUCUUUGAAAAUAUCAUUUCUUUAGAUCCCAAAUAUGCUGAAAAUAUAGCAUUAAAAACAGAUAUUCUACCAUGGCUUCUUAAACGACUACAAGUCAAAGGAUUUGAUGCUAAUAUUGAAUAUGCUAGUGAAAUUCUUUCCAUUCUUUUACAAGAUAACAGAGAGAUUCGUUUAAAAGUGGGUGAAUUAGAUGGUGUUGAUAUCCUUUUAAGAGCCUUAUCUGUUUAUAGACGUAAAGAUGCAUCUUCUGAAGAUGAAUCAGAAAUGGUUGAAAACUUCUUUAAUGCUUUGUGUUCCUUAUUAAAUGAAGUUGAAAAUAAGAAACGAUUUUUAGAAUCAGAAGGUAUUGAAUUAAUGAUUAUUAUGAUGAAAGAACGAACAUUAGCCCGAAUUAGAGCUGUGAAAGUAUUAAAUUAUGCAUUGAAUGGAGUAGAGAGUAGAGAAAGAUGUAUUCGGUUUGUAGAUGCCUCUGGUCUUAAGGUUUUAUUUCCUCUUUUUAUGGGAAAGGGUAAUAAAAAAUUAAAAAAAUCUCAUCAUUCAGCUUUUAGUGAAUCAGAAGAUGAAGAACAUAUUUCUUGUAUUAUCUUAUCAUUACUAAGAAAUCUCACUCAAACUGACGUACAAAGAAUGAGAGUUAUACUUAAAUUCACCGAGGAUAACUUUGAAAAAGUAGAUCGAUUGAUUGAGAUGAAAGAACAAUAUGAAAAAAGAGAUGAAGCAGUUAAGCAAGAACUUGAAGAAGCCAAGACAAGGAUGGAUGAAGAAGAAUAUGAAGAAUUUGAAGAGGAUUUCUAUGUGAGACGUCUUGAUGCAGGUUUAUUUACCUUACAACGUAUCUGUUUAUUGAUAGCAGCACUAAGUGAGGAAAACAAAGGUAUUCGAGAAAAGGCUAUCAUGUUGUUAAAGAGAAAUGGUCAAGAUAUGAGGAGUGUGUUUAAAAUUAUUGAAGAAGAAACUGCUUUAAUGGCUGAUUUCGUCUCUUUAAGAUACCUUGCAAGAGGUGAAUCUAAUAAUCAUAAUACCACUAAUGAUGAAAAGAAUUAAAUAAAUUAAUGAAAAAUUCAUUUCCUGACAAAAUUAAAGGGCGUGAAAACAAUUCACAUGUUGCAGUAAAAAAAAAAAA